AAUCUGGUGAGCUCUUUCUCCCUUGUAUCAGACUUCCGCGAUGAACUGCCAUGGUUUACAGGACAGUUUUACAACUUCCUGUGCAUCACGCUACCCAGCUUGAUCUUGGAAGCGAGUCUGAAAUACUUUGCAGUGGCAAACUACAAGCGCCAGCUGAAGGAUACCAAAUAUUUUGAGGAGAAGCAACGGGAGCGCUGCAGUACUUUCGCUGAGAGAUUUUGUAGUGACUGGCACCUUGCAGGCUCAGAGCUCGAAGAAGAAAAGCAUGAACAACAGAAGGGUUUCGACUUGAUGGACCUUUUGAAGCUGGCUGUGGGAUGCGCCCAUUGUUGUGUCGAAGCCUUCGAGAGCUGUUUAAUAGGACAUUUGGCACACCUUUUCUUCUCAAUUGCCCUCACGGCCUCGAUCAUCUUCUUGGUCCUUGGAAUUAACCAGGAUGUUCAAAACAGAGGACAGCAGUGGUUGUCGAUGGCCAGCAGCCUGACUCAGAAUUUCUUGUGCAUUUGGUUUCUACAGACUGGGGUGCUGUUCAUGGGACGCUGGCAUUAUCAGCACUGGUCCCGAAAAAAACGCACCAUUUGCGGUCACACAGUUCCCUUGCCAGAGCACAUGCUUGAAUUUCAGCUCUUCUUCAGGAUGUUGGACACAAAUAGAGAUGGCAGGCUCGGCAGAGAGGAAGUUGCUGCUAUGGUCAAGACAGUUUGCAGAAUGAACCUUUCAGAAGAAGGAUGGAAGGCUGUGCUGAACACUCUCGAUAAGAACAACGAUGGGAAUCUUUCAGAGCUGGAACUCGAAGUCAUGGCUUCUGAAUUUGCAGUGAAGACUGGCUGGUGGACAUCGAAACCACCUAUGGAUACCGAGUAA